ACUGGAACAAAACAGGAAAAGGAGUGGUCAUGUGACGUAUGGAUUGUUUCGCGAAAAAUCUUAGCUAGCUGCACAGCUAGCUAAAGUAUCUAAUCAUCAUUCAAUUUUUUAACGCAGCAUAAUUUAAAUAAAUGUGAAUAUUAAACUUCCAGCAGAGUCAUGAAUGGGAGUACAAAUCCGCUCUUGGACAAAGAAGAACAUGUUUUGAAGCUCGGAGAGAGCUUUGAGAAGAGGCCAAAAUCGUCAUUUCACACCAUCAGAUAUGAUUUUAAACCAGCUUCAAUUGACACAAGCUGCGAAGGAGAGUUGCAAGUCGGUAAAGGAGAGGAAGUCACCAUCACAUUACCUCACAUUCCAGGCUCUACACCACCCAUGACAGUAUUCAAAGGGAAUAAGCGGCCAUAUCAGAAAGACUGUGUUCUUAUCAUCAAUCAUGACACUGGGGAGUACAUGCUGGAGAAGUUGAGCAGCAGUAUCCAGGUCAAGAAAACCAGAGCGGAGGGCAGCAGUAAGAUCCAGGCCAGGAUUGAGCAACAGUCGGUGCGUGCCACUGCCACCCAGCCUUCAGCGCAGUUCCGUGCCCCCACUAAGCCUGGUGCAGGGGCCAAGACCUCCCCCUCCCCUUCCAAGGACAACCCCUCCCCUGAGCCCCAACUAGAUGACAUCAAGAGAGAGCUGCGAGCGGAGGUGGAGGUUAUUGAACAAAUGAGCAGCAGUAGCGGCAGCAGCUCAUCUGACUCUGCCAGUGGUUCUGGUAGUGGGGACGACAGCUCCAGCAGUGAUGGGGAGCAUGACGCCCCUCACCCCCAACCUGUCCCACUCCCUCUCCCCCACAUCCAGCCCUCCCCCAACUGUAAUCCCAUGGCCAACGGAGGAGCAGACAGGCAACAGGGCAGCAACCAGCUGAUGAACACGCUCAGGAACGACCUCCAGUUGAGUGAGUCAGGCAGCGACAGUGACGACGACUGAAUCUACCCAUCUACCUCUCAUUAUCACACCAUCUUGCUCUCCUCUUUCUUCUCUUUGCCUGGUUCCGUUGUUUUGCUGCUGUGGCAACCGACCAAACUGUAAAGUCUGGUUUUAUUGUAUUUUUUUUAUAUCUCUUGAGAAACCGGCCAACCUUGAGAUUUAAUAGUGUGUUUUUUUGAUUAGCUGUAUAUUUUGUUUUGUAUUUUUAAAUCCUUUUACAUAUGAAAACAUGCUAAAGAAUAUAUAUUAUAAUGCAGAUAUAUAUAUAUUUUCUGUAGUUAGAGCUCCUAGUUGUAUCAACUUGUAUCACAAGUCUUUGUUGUUUUCUUGUUUCUUCACAAGGGGAGGGGCUUAUUUGGACUAUAUCACCCCCAUCUUCCCUAUUUAUCUGGAAAUCAAAAGAAGGCACUGAAAGCAUUUCACCCCAUUCCAUGUUUUAAUCAGAAUCAUGACACUUUCAAAAAUCAGUCUUUCAAGAGGCCAGGAUGCAGCUCACAUCAAUCUAAGCUAUAAAGGAUACUAAAGGACAUACUCAUAUUUUUCAUGUAAAAUCAGUUUCAAUUGACCACUUACUAAAGUGUUUAACAGGAAUAUUGACCUGUUCUGGUGAACAGGUAAAUAUCAGUAACAGGUAAAUGGUAGUAAAUGAGCCUGGGUCAAUCCUUUACAUGUCAAAGCUCUUUAGUUUAAUUGUAAUAUCAUAACUUUCAGCAGUUUCCACCUAAAAUAUUUUGCAUUGCUUUAACAGCACCUGUCUCACCUAACAGUUAAAUGCAACUAACAACCAGUACUUACGAGUUCAUCAUACCCUUUAUAGCUAAUAUUCUACUAUUUCAACAUCUAUCAUUUGACUUUCUGAUUCUGUCUCACUCAAUAGCUAGAUUGCCAUCCAAUUGGUGACAGAUUUUCAUGCGAACAUUCUAAAAUCUGCAUUAAAACAACAUGUGCAUAUUCCCACCAGAUAUGUUUCCAUCAAAUCGAUGUGUUGCGGAUAACGGUAUGUGUGUGAUGACGUGGAGCGCAUAAAUACACGUUUAAUGGGUUUCCAUCGCAUUUUAAACUACUAAUGUUGCGUUAUAUUGCGAAUCUCUGGUCUUUGCACGUGCGCUCUAGCCAACAGCUCGCAGGUAGGCUAGUCUACAUGAUGAGAUUAUUAUGGAUAAAGCGUGAUUAUCUUUUAUUUGUCAAGUGGCAUCCUAGCAUCGAUCAUCAUGUCACCAGAAUAAGACCCUCGAUAUUUAUUGGAAAGGCUCAAUCACCGUGCACUUUCACCACCAUGUAAAGUUUAUCAUCAUUUAUUUCAUAUAGCCUAAUAAACUGCAUGCUUUCCGUAGUCGUAGUGGGAGGACCACACAAUAUCAUCACACGACUCCAAAUGUAUUUCGAUAUGAUAGUUAUAUCAAUAUUUGCACAUGAAGGCGUUUCCACUGCCAUUUCUCGCAUUAUUAAUUUUACAGACACACUGUCUACUGUAUUUUGUUUUGUCGAAAUUUGGAAAGUUUACCGACAAAAUGUGCUUUUUCUACCAGACUUGUCGUGGCAUUGUUUUAUCCGACAUGUACUUUACUCGCAUGAAAAGGUUGGAUGGAAACCUGGUUACUGGCCCAACCAUAUAUUACUGUCCCAAAUUCCCAACCGUAUAUCACUGUCCCAAAUUCCCAACCGUAUAUCACUGGCCUAGUUUCAGACCAGUGUAGACAUUUUCAGAAGGACCAAAGAAGCAAAACAAGUAGUUUUUAGAAUACAGACACCGAACUUCUAUUUUUACUUAGAAAUGCGUCUAUUUUCACUAGAUGUUGAGUUAUCCAUAAAAUGUAAACGCUGAUAUAAAAUGACCACUUGUUUUUUUCAUCGGUUCCAUAGAUUCAACUGAUUUGGAGUGAUAGCAGUCACGUUGGAUCACAUGUGACAGUGAAUAUCAUUUGAUACUCUAUAUCAUGUGCCCUGUAACAAAACAAUCCCUAAUCCAAAAUAUCUUGAUGUAUCCCCCAUAGAGAUGUGACGUUGUGGCUGUAUCCCUGCCAUUGUAUCCCAGUGGGCACUCACCCAGUGAGACGUUGAUCAAUGAAAUUUCAACCUUUAUUCACCCACUCAAAAAGUCAGCCAGAAGUUUGUUGAAUUUCCGGUGUGUUAUCACUAUGCAUUCAACCAUCCAAAUUCCAAUUCGAAAAACGGUGAUUUCUAGUUUAGUUAUAAUCUAAAUGUUAUCACUGCGCUUUCAACCAUUUUAAACCACAAGGUUCAAAUGGGAAUAAAAUGUCAGAUCAUUUGUAUUUAUACAACAAUUUGAUGUGUUAUCACAGUAUAAUUUAAUAGCACGACCAAAUGACCUGGAUUGCAGCUGAGACUACAUUAAAAUCACAUAGUACAAAGUGAUCAAUAAUGUUUGAGAUUCUGCACAGAUUAUUAUAGCAAACACCUGCAGUGUUUGAACAUGCACGCUUUCAAUUAUUACAGAAGACAUAUAUAGUUACUGUAGGCUAACCUCAAAAUGUGACCAUGGAUGUGUGUUACUCAUUUUAAGAUUGAAUAAAUACUGUUACAUUAGUUUGUAAGAUAGCCUUAACUUUAGGCUAUUUACCUUAUUCCAAAAGUCAGCCAAAUAUCAACAUUUUAAAGGAUAUCUAAUGCUUGGAUGGUUUCAUCCUAUUCUUAAUCCUAUUCUUUAACUUUUAUUUUUGGUUAAAUUGGAGACGUGAAUCCAACAUAUCAUUUGUUAACUUGUCGUCAAGUUAAUAGGCUAUUUACUGUGAUGCAAAAGUGAUAUUGAAUUGUGUUUGGUUGUCAACACAACCAAAUAUCAACAUUUGAAGGAGAUGUAUCUUUUUUGCCCUGAUUUAGUAUAGCUUUAAUUCCAAUUUGUCUACAAAUUAACAAUUGAUAUGUUGAAUUAAUGUCUCCAUCUCAACCAAGAAUCAAAAUGAAAGGAUGUGACUAAAUCAAAGUUUAAGUGCAUUUAAAGACAGAUGUGAUUUAGUCCUAUUCUUAGAAUCUAUCUUAGAUUUUUGGUUGAGAUGGAGACAUGAAUCCAACAUAUCAAUAAUUAAUUUGUAGAUAAACUGGAAUUAAAGCCAGACUAAGUCAGUGGCACAGAUGGAACUAUCCAAUCAGAAGAUAAAUCUCCUUCAAAUGUUGAUAUUUGGUUGCGUUGACAACCAAAUACUAUUCAAUAUCCAGUUUAUCUACAAAUUAAUAAUUGAUAUGUUGGAUUUGCGUCUCCAUCUCAACCAAAAAUCUAAGUUAUCUAGUCAAACUUUAAAUGCACUUUACAUAAACUUUAAUGUAGUUCUAUUCAUUCACUUAGUCCUAGUCUGGUCAGUGACAAAUAUCAAAGCUAAGCAGGGCUGGGCUUGGUUAAAACCCUGGAUGGGAAACCAAAUGAAUAGCUGUAUAUAGAUCAACUCUCCAACAGAAGGUGCUGCUGAACCUAUUGUUAUUUUUCUGAUAGUGGAUAUGUCGUUGAAGAUCUGAUGUUGUUUCAAAGGUACAAAUUCAACAUAUUUUAUACAAGGUUUGUCUAUGUUGAAAAUUGGUUACAACGAUGACAUAAUCCCGUGGUUGAAAUUCCACCCUCAAAAUAAGUUGACAUUGAUCACUUUUUUAAAAUCCAAUAUAUUUUCCACAUAGAUUCCAUGUCACAAAACAUUGACAAAUUUACGUUGAACCAACGUUGAUUCAACCAGUUUAUGCCCAGUGGGAUGUGUGUUCAUAAGGUGCUUCCAUGGUAUUUAACUGGUGCUGUUGUGUGUCUGGGAAAGCAAGCAAGCGAUGUGUGUACAAAUGUAAUAUAAUGUUUUGUUUUCACAGCAGUUUGGAUCCAUGUAGUUGGAUGCUAUUUCCAAUGUGUGUCUCUCUGGCAUCCAGUGUUAUUUCUGACCCAUACUGUUACUGUCCCAGUACAACCUCUCUUGCCACAUUUAUCGAGGUGGUUGACUUAUUGCGUUUAUCUCUAGGUUUUGUGCUUUGAGGUGUAUUAAAGUGUGCACAUGUAUUUCAAUUGAA